GUCGUGACUUACCGGUACAAGGAGAAGAUGGUCUACGUUACACCCGCGGACACAUACGAGCAAGCCGUCCAGUUCGCGCGAGAGGUCUUCCCCGACGACCUGCGCCACAUCCACCCCCAACAGCUGUCCUUCACGAUCAUCUCGAACACGCCCAAGGGCAAGCGCACGGUGCAGAUCUCGCCCAUGGCCUGGAAGGCCGUCGUCGGCACGCUCGCGUGCUACGAGAUCAUCGACCUCAACGUG